AUGUCAGCAAAUGACAGUGGUGAGAUGCCGCCGUACGAGCCGUCGGACCUGAUCGUAUCAGUCGUGUUUUCUUGUUAUUUGUUUUACACUGCUGCCAUUGUCAUUGGUAUUCCAUGCAACGUCAUUACCAACGGUGUCGGCCUAUGUCUGUUCGUGAUGGCAGUAGCUGAUAUCGGAUCGUUGUGCUCAAUUCUCAUACACUAUGUGCUCAGCAUUUUCACCGCCACAGAAGUGGUCGCCGACUAUAUUGGCGUUGAGUGGCUGGAUAUUAUUUGUAAGCUUGCCACUUUAUCAAUGCACAUCUCGACGUUCGUGUCCAUCUGGAGCUGGCUACUUAUGUCAACCUUACGUUAUCUUUCUGUCUAUCAACCACUUCUGUACAUACGAUUAUGGAAAUUUCCUACAAAGGGCGGCUGCACAAUGGUGUCAUUAUUUGGUUAUCAACAGAUAAAUAAAGCAUUUCUGCUUAUUGAAAGCACCCUAUCAUUCAUCAUUCCCACGCUGACGAUCGUUUAUAUGGACGCCUCGGUUCUGCUUGGUCUUCGAUUCAAAAAGAUGACCACAAAAGCUGAACGGCCGGAUCUGAGACGGAAUAUCGCCCCCAGUCCAAAUGAACUCUGGAUAUCUUUGGCGAUGGCUCGUGAUUGCGCUCAUUGA